CUCACAGAUUAACGACGUUGAUAAUGGUGGAUUCAUAAGGCAUCCAAUAUGAUAGAAACUUAGGAAAGUUUGAUGUAAUGACAUCUUGUUUGACAGUAAACAAAAAAUGACUGAAGAAAUAGCACAGACAAAUAUUGGCAGUAUCGAUGCAUAUCUGCCAGAUGCCAACAGUGAGGAUGAACACAGCCUCGCAGACAGCGAGAUGUUGGCCAAUGAGUCCUUUAAAUUUGAGAGCUCUCUAACUAAAGAGCAGCAAGAAGCUUUGGCAGAAAAUUCAGCAAGAGUAAUCCAAAGAGCAUGGAGAAGACACAUCGAUACACAGCUCUUUAAGCAUUACAAGAAUAUGAUUAAUUUCAGAGGACAAGGAAACCCUCGAUUUAUGAUGAAAUGUAUUAACCCAAUCGAGGCAGAAUUGCUGGACAGUGCCGCUGGAGUUCAUGUCCGAUUCAGACUUGGAGGAGAAACAUUUCCUCCAAAAAUCUACUACAAAAUAUUCACUCAUCGACCAAUUGUGGAUCUAUGUGCAAACAGUCCGAAAGAUUAUACACAUCCUGCUGCCAAACAGAAACUACCCAGACAAAUUCACAACUAUAACUCUGUAAAAAAUAAGGAAGAUGAUCACAGUGGAUGGUACAAGCGAUUGGAGAAUAAUGAUUGGAGAAGCCUUUCAGACAAGUACCUUGGAACCACAAUAGAUUAUAUGGAGUUUGAGCCUAACAGAAAAAGAGCAACAUUUCACCAUUGUACCCUCCAAAGAAAACAAGACAUCAAGAGAAAGCAAAAACAAAAAAAAAUUGAAUGGAUGAAAAUGAUGUGA